ACACAAGGGCUUAUAAGGCCUCGGCCGCUCCGUCCUGUACAGAGGGGAAACUGCACGGAGACAACUUAUUCACACGCCUGCUUUGUUGAGUUUACUGGAGAUGUGACGGGUCAAACCUCCCGACUUUCCCUGACAAAUAACACAACGCCCUGUUCUGCUCCCUGGACACGCCAUGCCUCGUCCCAGGCUUCGGGACCAGGAAAUGACAACAUCUAAGUUAUAUCCCCGUAUCACCAGAACCAGUCAUGCUGCAGAAGUUGACAGCAGUUGAUAAGACACAGAAGUGAAGCAUGCUGCAGCAGGCUGCAGGCCGCCGGCCUCGGCAGCGGGCUAAAGCUUUGCUAAUUCCAUUUGCUGACCGUGAGAUCUGCCCCGAACGGCUUAAGAGGGCCACGGGACCACAUACGCUGUACUUCCCCAGUCUGACGACAAGAUAAAGGAGCCGGACCGUGAUUCAUCACUACCCACCGCCACUCGAGCUCAGCCCUCAGAGACGCAGGAGGUGCAGGAGCUUCCUCCUCCUCCCCUGGACACCAGAAACACACGUACCAAUGGUUCUCCUGCGCUGAACAAAGCGACGUGCACUCCCGCCCUGUCCGAAGCGAACGCCAGCGGCGGCGGCGACGACGCUAAUCUGCCGAGAUGGCAGACACUUCGCUUCAUGUCACCGAGGAGCCAGGGCCAAAUUUAACCGAGGUGGACAGAUGCAUGCUGGGGAUUAAGAGGGAGCAUGAAGUCAUCCCGACCAUUAUCUGCUCCAUAUGCCUUUCACUGGGACUGGUCUACUGCUUUCUGGGGUACCGCUGCUUCAAGAUGGUCAUGUUCCUCUCCGGCUUCCUGACCGGAUCAGCUGCCGUGUUCCUGCUGUACCAUAAGGAGCCCAUGCUGGAUGCCCAGCUGGGCAUGGAGACCAAGGCAGGGAUCGGGCUGGGGGCCGGCGUGCUGUGCGGCCUGCUGACCAUGCUGGUGUACACGAUGGGACUCUUCCUCACAGGUGUGCAGCUGGGCGGUCUGCUGACCGUCGCCGUCCUGGUGGUCAUCGGACAGUUUUACACACUCACCCCCAUGUGGGUGCCUCUCAGUGCCCUGUUGACCUCCUGUGUCGUCUUCGCCACCUUCACCCUUCAGUGGCAGAAGCUGUUCUCGGUCACCUCCACGGCUGUGUUCGGGGGAGCCACGGUGAUGCUGUCCGUGGAUUACCUGGUGGAGAAGUUCACGCUGACCGAUCAUGUUCACGAGAUCCUAAACCAAGUUCCCCCACGUCCACUGUGCUGGUUCAGCUGGGCCAUCACCGGGAUCUGGCCUGUGUUAAGUCUCAUGGGUGUGUUGGUGCAAUGGAGGUUCACGGCCAAUGGUGUGUCACACAAAGCAGCUGCUCACACGAAGCAAAACGAACGAGCCAAGAUGUUCGGGUGCCAACGCAGAAACUCCAGGAGAAGAGCGGAGUCCUGCCGCCGGCGGAAGCCUCCACCUCUGAAGCGCUACGCUGGAGAUGUCCUCGCCCCGAGUUAUCUCCAGAGCCUUCAGGUGCGUCAGAUGGGGACGGGAUCCUCGACCAGCAGCCUCAGCACCAUCACACACACAGUGGUAGACUUUGACUUCGAGACCGGCUCCAUGGUGCCCCUGACCGCCUCCUCGCCCGUUUUUAGGAUCUGAAGGAAAAGACGAACGGACGCCGUUCCGCGACGCACCCGCUCGGCGAGGGCUUUUUACUGCGCCGCAGAGAUGGAAAAGUAAACGAGAGUUAAAAAGCAAACCCUCCAGAGUUUGAGCGGCAGGGUGAGUCCCCUGAGACUUGCUCCCUGCACAGAGGCCUAAUGGAAACUCUGGAUCGUUAGCUAAACCCCGAGGUGCCCUACAAUUACAAGAGAAAUAUGAAACUACAACUAUGCAAAGUCACCAGAGCUCCUGACUGUAUUUCUCUCUCGCCGUCGGUUCAGCUCAGUCUUGUGUUUGACAGUCUGUCGUUUCACACGUCCAUAUCCUAACUUGUGUUUUCCACAUGCUAACUGUCGGGCGUUGCGGGAGUGUGCAGGUUUGCCUGCAGACAGGUCGGCGGUAUAUAAGGUGUUUUAUGUAGUCGGUGUGAUUGCAUUGUUACAGAACAAAUAUCAGAGUUGCAAACAGAAUUAGAGAAGGAAUGCUGGCACACGCCGUAGCCUCUAGGCCAGUGUUUCUCAACCCAGUCCUCAAGG